AUGGAGCCAUAUAAAGGAGUUUAUGAAACAGAUAACACCAAUCCCAAUUUUGUGUUUGCACCUUGCUUAAAACAAGAACAUUUAAAUCCAAAUACGAAGCAGAAGGUGAAGGUGAAGCUAGCUGUACAAGUGUUAAGCCACUCAAUUGCUGCAGGAAUGUAUGCUAAAAUUUCACAAGGGGAACUCUCUUCAGAGGCUGUCACUACAGCUAAUGUUAUUGCAAAUAUGGACAAGCUGUUUGAUUGUGUCAACGCACGCACACCAGACCUAAGAAGGGGGAAACCAUAUUCGACAAACAUGACAAAUAAUACACCACAUCUCACACAUUUCACUUUAAUGAAGAAUUUUUUUAAAGAAAUGACGUUUUUGGGAUGCAAACGAGCUCCUCCAUCCCAAGAAGGUUGGAUAUGGUCCAUCAAUGGAAUAGAACGAAUUUGGAGAAAUCUCAGUUCUAAACAUAAAUCAAUAAAAAGUUUGGAAACAAGAAGGCUCCAGCAGGACCCGUUAGAAAAUAUUUUUGGAUGCAUUCGGGCCAAUUGCGGCUGCAAUUCAAAUCCCACUGCUGGGCAGUUUGUUGCGGGUCUUAAAACGGCUGUCCUUAGCAACUUAUCUUUUAUUGGGACAGGAAAUUGUGAAGAAGACCAAAAUCAAGUUAUAUUGACAAAUUUUAAAUCUUUAUUGUCUCCACCCACAGACACACACACUGCUUAUGCCACAAUUUUAACCGAUGAGUUAGAAGAAAGUGUAAAUUCUACAUUUGAAUGUAGCUUGGAAGAAAGCAGUGGCGAAAUACAAGCAUGUGCCUAUGUCUGUGGGUUUAUAGUAAAAAAUAAUCUCAACAAAUGUGAAAUUUGUAAAAAAAUCUUUGUAUCUGAGACACAAGAGAGAUCACAUACUUUUAUUGACUUUAAAGAAUAUAGUGAUCUAAAAAAGUCCCUUAAAUACGCCUCUAAAAACCUCAUUAACUGUAUUGAAAGUAGUGCUACGAUGAUUUAUGAUUUUUUAGAGGCAGAAGCAUAUAAAAAAAAAUUAAAAGGGACAAUUAAAGUUUUGUUCAAAAACUCAAUAAAUUGGAAGUUUCUCGAUGAAUGUCCAGAACAUAAAGAUAUGAAUAUAGAUUACUUAUUUAAUAGCGUAUUUCACAUUUGUAUGAAGAGAUUUUGUAUUUUGAAAAAUCGGCAAUUUGCAGAAGAGUACUCUGCAUCUGCUCUUAAAAGAAAAAUUGAUAUCCUGCAGAAUAAAUAA